AGCUGAUUUUUUUUAAAGGUUAAAACAGGGACGUUUGAAAUUUCUAAUCAGCGUUUCAGGAAAAGAAUCGUGUGGUCACAGACAUCUCUGUAGUUUAAACCUUUUAGGUGUUUUGAACUAGUUUUGCCGCAUAUAUUUAUUUGCUUUCAGUCCAAACAAGUUGUCUGUUCGUAACGUUUCACUGGACUUUGCGUUUAUAUUUAGACAAAAGGAAUUAUCUUUCGUUAGCUAGCUUUCGUAGCAUCUACGUGGGCAUGGUUUUUUUCUUCUUGAAUGUAUUGGACUGAUUAAUUCUGGAUAUUUUAACGUGCCGUGGUUGCUGUAUAUCAUUGUGCAGUAGUACAUUUGGGAAAUGGAUCCUUCUCCCUCACUCAAGGUGACAAAGAGUGUGAAACUGCAAAAGCCUGAAAUAAAGCAGUCCGGCAGUGAUGGACCACGACGAAUUCCUGUGUCUCAACAGCAUCAAAUGGUUCCCAAGGCAAUAGUCACACCCACCUCGCAUCAGCGAGUUCUCAGUGUGUCAAAUGGACCUCAGCGUAUCCAGCGACCUGUUAGUCAUCAGAAACCGGUAUCUCAAGUCGCUUUUACCAACAAGUCCUCACAUUCUGGCGAUCAGAAUGUGAAUCCAGCUACUCUGAAUGCACAUCAUGCUCCACCGUCUAAACCUACGUCCCAGCAAAACCAACCAAAGACUCAGGUUCUCGGUGCAAAUCCAGAUUUGGCCAAGCCACCGUCGGAACCCAUAAAAGCAGACAAGCAACAGAGCAAGCUCUCAAGAACUGAGCAGGGCUCUACAUCCAAGAAGCGAUGGAGCCUAGAAGACUUUGACAUUGGUCGUCCUUUAGGAAAGGGAAAGUUCGGCAACGUCUACCUCGCCCGAGAGCGACAGACCAAGUUCAUCUUGGCUCUGAAGGUUCUUUUCAAGAAGCAACUGGAGAGGGCUGGGGUGGAGCAUCAGUUGAGACGAGAGGUGGAAAUCCAGUCACAUCUCAGGCACCCUAACAUUCUGCGUCUGUACGGCUACUUCCACGAUGCGUCUCGCGUUUACCUCAUUCUUGAGUUCGCACCCAAAGGAGAGCUGUACGGCGAGCUGCAGCGCUGUGGGAGUUUCCCCGAGGACAGAAGCGCCACAUACAUCAUGGAACUGGCUGAUGCCCUCCACUACUGCCACACAAAGAAGGUGAUCCACAGGGACAUCAAGCCUGAAAACUUGUUAUUGGGAGCCAACGGGGAGCUCAAGAUAGCUGAUUUUGGCUGGUCUGUUCACACGCCUUCAUCAAGGAGGUCGACUCUGUGUGGAACCCUCGACUACUUACCUCCAGAGAUGAUUGAGGGGAAAACUCACGAUGAAAAGGUGGACUUGUGGAGCCUGGGGGUCCUUUGCUAUGAAUUCCUGGUUGGAAAACCCCCCUUUGAAGCGAAAACCAACGAUGAAACAUACCGGCGUAUUUCAAGGGUGGAGUACACUUACCCUGCACAUGCUGCUAUCAGUGAUGGAGCUAAAGACUUGGUUGCCAAGCUGCUGAAGCACAAUCCCAUGCACAGGCUGCCCAUCCAGGGGGUCCUGUGUCACCCAUGGCUGCUCCAACACUCCACCCGAAAGCCCACCCCCCUUACUGAUGAAGAGCAGAGUCAGUGAUGCUCCUGAAACGGGAUUCUGAAUGAUCCCGAAACAGCAGAUUGUCAGUGUUUUUCUUUUCAGGUGCUUGUUUUUCUCAACCACCACCUCUUCACAACAACCACUUGUUUUUUUGUUCUGCAAACAUGUGAAACCUCUGGUUAUUUUAACUUUUUAUUCCGUUUCCUUUCUUUCAAGUGGCAUUCAUUUGCCUGUAAAUAUUUUUCUGUUACUGCUAAAUAAUGAAAGUUUUAUGAAACCUUUUUGUGUUGAAAAUGGAAAAAUAAAUGUUUAUGCGCCAUCUUUAAAUGACACAUCAGUGGAAGGCGAUUCUGUUUGUGUUGCUCAUAGUUCAGUCUGCUGUCUGAGUGAUGAGCCGGGUCAACCUGAACUGACGAGGAUUCCACUAAACCAGGAAACAAGUCUUAGUCAAAUAAAAUGUUUUCUAAUC